AUGACUGUUACUGCUACCACCACUGCCGAUUUGCGCUCUGAGUCUGUUCGCUCGCUCUAUGACCAGGUCAUGGCUCGCUGCAAGGAUGCUGACCACCUCAACGGUAUCGGAGGCAUCCUCCACUGGGACCAGGAGGUCAUGAUGCCCCCCAAGGCUGCUGCCGUCCGCUCUGAGCAGAUGAGCGUGUUGGUCGGUGUCUUGCAUGAGAUCCAGACCUCGCCUAUCCAAGGAGCCCUCCUCGACGAGUUGGAGUACCGCAAGCAACACGAGGACCUAUCAGUUGUCUUGAACCCCUACGAGCUCGCCAACAUCCGUCUUGCUCGCAAGCAGUACAAGGAAGAAACUCUCGUUCCCGUUGAUGUCGCCAAGGCUAUGGCCGCUCUCAACUCCAAGUCGACCGCUGCAUGGGCUGAAGCCCGCAAGGAGUCGGAUUUCUCCAAGUUUGCGCCUUUCCUCGAGGAGCAGGUCAAGGUUGUCCGCCAGGCGAUUGGGUAUAAGAUCCGUGGUGGCGCCAACGAGGAGGCACGAAAGAUCAACGAGAAGGCGCGUGCUAGCUUGGGUCUGUCGGAGACGGAUGAGUGUUACAAAGGGUACUAUCAGGGGCUUAUGAACAUCUAUGAGACGGGAUUCAAGGAAGAUCGUCUCCAGGUGCUCUUUGCGGAUCUGAAAAAGCACCUUAUCCCUCUUAUCGCCAAGAUCAAGGCCAAGGAUUUCCAGCACGACAACAGCUUCCUCUGUCGUGAUUAUGACAUCAGUAAGCAGGUCGAGUUCUCGCAUAGUCUUGCCAAGGAGAUUGGGUUCGAUACUGAGGCUGGUCGUUUGGAUGUGUCGACUCAUCCUUUCUCAGGUGGCGCACACCCAACUGAUGUUCGGAUGACGACGAGAUAUACUCUCAGCACCAUCAAGAAUGGCAUUACAGGAACUGUCCAUGAGACGGGACACUCUGUCUAUGAGCAAGGGCGUAACAAAGAAUACCUUGGCACCCCUGUGUCGUUUUCCCUUUCCCUCGGCAUCCAUGAGUCUCAGUCUCUUCUCUGGGAGCGCAUGGUCGGUCUGGACAAGCCCUUUUGGACCUACGCCCUCCCCCUCCUCAAAGAAAAGUUCCCCGAAGACACCCACCUCCAAGCCGUAACCGUCGACCAGUUCUACCUGGCUCUUAACCGCGUCGAACCAGGUUUCAUCCGCAUCGAAAGUGACGAGGUCACCUACCCCAUGCACGUCAUCCUCCGCUACGAGAUCGAAAAGGCCCUCAUCGAAGGAGACAUCACCGUCUCCGAAGUCCCCACCGUCUGGAACGCAAAGAUGAAGGAAUACCUUGGCCUCGAUGUCCAUGAGGAUCGUUUAGGCUGCUUGCAGGAUAUUCAUUGGUCUUUCGGAAUGAUUGGGUAUUUCCCAACCUACUCUCUUGGAUCGAUUUAUUCAGUUCAGAUUUUCACCCAUGCAAGGGAGCAGAUUCCGGGGUUGGCGGAGCAUUUGGCGAAGGGGGAGUUCGAGGUUUUGUUGAGGUGGUUGAACAAGAAUGUGCACCAGCAGGGGUCUUUGAGAGAGUCUGGCGAUGACUUGGUGUUUGAUUUGACUGGCAAGCACCUUGACAGCUCGUUGUAUGUCAAGUACUUGACCGACAAGUAUACUGCUAUCUAUGACCUUUGA